GAGCGCUGAAUUUUGCGUAUUUCACACAUGACUACACUAAGAGGAUAAUCAAUGCACCGUCUGUAAGGUGAUGUGGUCCAGUGGCAACAAGCUUAGCGGUACCAUUGUCGUCCCUUGUUACCAUGACGUGCAAAUGGGUCAAAAUUUUAUUAAAAUGGGAAAAAGCGUGAGCCCGACGUUUCGGGCAAUUUUACUUUUUCACUCUCCUUGGCAAGAUUAGCAUGACCAAGAAGUCCAAACUUGAAUCUGGAGACCACGAUCCCAGAGAAGUAGUCGACCCACCGCCUCCGUACCUGGCACCAGAACCCUCUAACCAAGCCACGCUAUACGAGAACCCUUACCCGACUGUUCCGGAAGAGCUUCCUGAACCCUCCGCUCCGCCUGCGCAAGAAACCGCCAUUUAUAUUCAAGACUACAAUGACCUUCCUCCCAGUUUACCCGUCCUGCAGACCAACUCCCGACAUGACGUUGUCCGUCACGGUGGAAUGAGAGGUCACUAUGGAGAGCGUCAGGCUUUGCUCGAUGACCGAGCUGAAGUAUACUAUCGUUAUCAAGGAUUCCCCUCUGCAGCGCUGAUAUUUCUAUUAGGAUGGCUGUGCCCUCCUCUGUGGCUCAUAGGCGCUUGCUGCUGUAUCAAUAGUCGCAAUCCAUUUAAUGUGUGGUGGGCCCGAGCCUGUCUGGUCAUGUUUUGUUUCACAGUCAUUUCCGCUGUUAUCGCUGGCAGUAUCGUUGUCACCGUUGGUCCGGAAACUUGGCGCAUUCGGAUAGCAUUCUGGUUUGAAAAGAUCAAUAACCUGAAAUAGCUUUUGUACUUUUACUUCUCUUAUUUUUCUAAUAUAACUUUUGUCCCUUUCAUCACAUGUAAAUUGGUGCAAUUAUAUGAGCUGAGCAAAUGGUGCGUGGUUACGACAAGGAACAUGGCUAGCAGUAUCGACGUUAUCUCAUUUGGCUCCAGGAGUAAUUACCAUUGUUGUCUUCUCCGAACUCACCCUACUUUCUUGGAAGUGGAACUUCAAAUCAUGCAUCUAGCAGCAUAGCCCUCUCCCUUGGUGUUUCAGUCUGACCUCAUCCAUCUGGAUGUCUUGUAUAUGCAUCUAAUGGAAACAGUAUAGCCGUGUCAUCAUCAAUGGAAGGAAGCAAUUCUGGCUUGAUAGAAAAUAUGUUUCAUUCGUGAAGCCGUCAGGCAAGAAAGAGCAGCAGCGACAUAAUUUAUAAUCAAGGGUGAUUGGAUGGGAGGUUUUGGGCGGCGUGCAGCCAUUUCCCGCUGGCUGAGAA